AUGGGCCAAUGCAAACAGCCUUUCAGCCUGGCCAAGGUCGGACGAUCGUCAUCGUUCUCCCUCCAGGGGCGCGGCGGGCCGUGGAGUUACGUCAUAGGCUCCAUGCUGGUGCGUGGUGGGGAAGCACGGAAGGCGGACACAGCAGUGAAUGGCGGGGCGCAGCUGCAGGAAUUCGGAGCUCCAGCUGCCAGACACCGGCUCAGGGGGCAGGCAGCCCCACAAAGCACUGACAGCUCCUCAGGUGGUUCCUGCGUCCGCCAUGCGCUGACGUCACUGCCAUCCAUGGCUGUGAGCUGGGAAGCUGCCAGGAGGCAUUCAGGCUACCAAGAAGGGCCAGCCACUACGCCCAUCACGACUACCCGCGGGGAAAUCCGCUCCUAUUCGGGCCUGGAUUAA